CCUCUAUUACUGUAGUCGAAAGUGAGUCAGGACUAGCUAUCCGAAAAGAGUCAUCUUAAGACGUGCUGAAAAAAACGUAGUUAGAUAGAUAUCCGUAGAUAAUGUAUAUAAUGUAUAAGAAAGCUAUGUUUUUAUGACAUUCCGAGAGAUGGGAGUCUUGGGAAGUUCUGAAAGUUCCUAAGGCAGCUGUGUUCAAAAGGCUGUUGAAAGAGCAAGAGGAACAAAAACACUAAAAUCUCUGUUAAAAUGCUAAAAAACAUGUGUAAAAUGGAGUCAGGUUAAAAACGAAGAAGAAAACCUAUUGACUGUUUUGAUAUUAACACGUAAACCCUGACAAAAUCAGCAAAGUUGAGUCUGAAACAUGAGAGAUUACGGCUGUUGCGCAAUCGUUCCAGGCUCACUUCAGAAGAGUGGCUUGUAGGGGAGGGGGUGAGCAAGGGUUUUUCAAAAUAAAGGCGUCGCCCUGAACAAUGUGUGAAUAUCGUAAAUCAGCAAUAGAUGAGAAGAAUGAAUAUAUAGGAGAAAUGAGAACAAUAAUUUAACUAAUUGAUGAAAUUACCGAAUGUAAAAUUAUGAAUUUAAUUAGUAAAAAUGUUCAAUUUGAGAAAUAAUUAAAGUAAUUAAAGUAAAGAACAAGCAAGUGCUGGACCUGGUAGAAUUGUGGACUAUGAAUGUGCGUGUGCGGUUGAGAAUAUGUGGGCACACUGAUUUUCAGUCUUUUUAAGGAAAAACUGCCUAAUUACCCGUAUAAAAUUAACAGACAAGCCUAAACUAAGAACAUGGCUGAUCACGCACAAGAAAUGGUAAAGAACGAUAAAUGUAUGGAAUUGAGAAGAUAAAUAUGGAAAGGUUUAACAUUGAUGUUAACAAGGUCAUAAUCCUGAAGAGUUUUAAUGUUUGUAUAUAAAGGAUAGGAGUAAAGUUGUGACAUAGGAAGCAUUGUGUCUGCUGCUUUGCGGCCCGCUCGGCCCCCACCUUUUCUCAUUUGGGACGAGGGUUUCCUUAGGAUGAGAGGUGGGGGCCGGGCCCGGCGCGGGGCAGAGCAGGGAGCAGUGUGACCUGAACAGAAUAAAAUCAAAUAAUGGUGGCAUAUCCUUAGACCAACAGAAGAGGAAACAUUAAAAACCAAGUAAAUGUAUAUAAUUUCAAGAUAAGUCAACAAUUUAAACUAUGAUAGGAAAAUAUCUGUGUAAAGUUUGUAGAAACUGACCGGAAAGGUUUCAAGGGGUUGAAAUGUUUAAAGUAACUGUAAGCAAAAAAAAUCUGAAAGUAAACUUGAAGGAAUGCAUAUAUAAGUUGUCUCACAUUCUCUUCUCUCUGAACAUUACAGACGGAGAGGCGAAAAUCUGGCACAAGUACAACAAAAGGGUUUACACAAGCCCUUUCUCAAAGUGUUCAUAUAGGAAGUAAUAAAAAUAGAACUGUGUUUCUGUUGCGUGUGCAGAGUGAUUUUCCCGUUCAAAAAGGCCACUGCCACAUAAAUGCUAUGCACAAACACAUACAUACUAUACAGGGGUAUAGUCUUGAGAGUUUCUCCAAACUGAUUCAUAUCUCAUUAUAGUUGGUGAUAGAGAGGACAAGGGUUGUUUUGACUUGUUGAAUGAUAUACCUGUAUUUGAGCUUAGAUCACCGAGCUGCUGUGCCUAACAGCUACCACCCGUGGCAGAGAGAGCAAGGAUGCAGGAGGGAAGAGCAACCCCUGACCAGACUCUCUCUACAGCACCCCAUGUGUUCCAGAUGAGUACUAGCGCUGCCCCACCCAGAAGGACUUUGGUUGAGAGGAGAGGGGGGCAGAGGCAAUGCCAAUUCCAACAGGGGCAGAUAAUGAAAUGCUGGAAACUGUUUUAACCCACGAACAACUUUUAGCAACAUACUUCUACGUAAGAUGUCUGCUGGAUGAAGCCGAGCAGCGUGCCAAGGCUGACAGGAUCCCAAGACCACAUGAUGACAUCACUGAUGUCCAAGCUGGGUUCCAGUCUGCAGUAGUGAGACUUAAGGUACAGGGAGUGGGAAGUACAUCAAUUGACUCUCUUAACAGGCGUCCUAUGUCCACUGGAAAGACCCUCCAUGAGCAGCCCAACAAGCUCCCAGAUGGGGGUGUCGACGCAAGGGUGUAUCUACUAACUGAAAAAGGACUGAAGGACCUCGAGAGAGACGUUGGAAAAGGAGCUCGCAAAGAAUGCAAGAAAGGAAAACAAUCUUCGACCAUCCCCCUUCCAACUGCCUCAUGCGAUCCACCUACUGGCCAGGAAGAUUGGCCGCCCCCUUACGAAUGGGGGAAUGGAGGUCAAAGGGCAAUGACAGAGGCCAUGCUGUCCCGAGGAAACCCCACCCUGCAACAAGGUAAAAAAGUACGGCUUUGCUGGGGAUGUGGAGGAAAAGGACAUUUUAAGCAGUCCUGCCCCGGCCGAAGACAGAAUGACACCCCAGUUAGAGUUCCAGUGACGGAGGGCUGUGGGCAGCCACCUAGAGCAAGACAAUUUUUGUUUCAGGAACCCAGUGGUUUGAGUGAUUUGCUGUGGUGGACAGGACUAAAACAGGUACAGUUAUUACAGUUUGAUUAAAUAUCCCCAAACUCUGCUUGAAAGCAGGAGAUAUAAAGAAGAGGUCAAAAUAUUAUUAAUAUGUGAAGGAAUAUGAAGAAUUUGGGUUGUCACUGACUAACAUAUUUUUUCUAUCCCUUAGGAAUCGCAUAGAUAUGAACUAUGCGAUGGGGGGAAGGGGGGAUAGG